GCCGCGGUGCCUCCGCCGCCUGCACCGUUCAUCGAACCGUCUCCCGUCAAGACUAAGUUUCCUACCGCCCGGAUCAAGCGGAUCAUGCAGGCCGAUGAGGAAGUAGGCAAGGUUGCUCAACAGACACCUAUUGCCGUGGGAAAGGCGCUGGAGCUGUUCAUGAUCCAGCUGGUAACAAAGAGCGCCGAGAUUGCCAAGGACAAGGGCUCAAAGAGGGUUACCGCUUCCAUGUUGAAAAACGUGGUAGAGGCAGACGAGCAGUGGGACUUUCUGCGAGACAUUGUCAGCCGCGUAGAGAACGAGAAGGAGGGCAGCAGGUCCAAAGGCAAAGGU